UCACGUGCUCGCGGCGUCGCGUCACACCCGGAAGCAGCGGCUGAAGCGGAGUCCGGAGCAAUGAGCGGGGAGCCGGGGCCGACGUCUGAAGCGCCCCCUCCCGGGGAGAUUGAGCCGGGUAGUGGGGUGCGCAUCGUGGUGGAGUACUGUGAACCCUGCGGAUUUGAGGCGACCUACCUGGAGCUGGCGAGUGCCGUGAAGGAGCAGUAUCCUGGCAUUGAGAUCGAGUCGCGCCUGGGGGGCACAGGGGCCUUUGAGAUUGAAAUCAAUGGACAGCUGGUGUUCUCCAAGCUGGAGAACGGGGGCUUUCCUUAUGAGAAAGAUCUCAUUGAGGCCAUCCGAAGAGCCAGUAACGGAGAACCCCUAGAGAAGAUCACAAACAGCCGUCCUCCCUGCGUCAUCCUGUAAUGACAUGGGAUUCUGGGUUCCUGCUCUGUUCUGGGGCCCAAGCCUCGGUCUCCCCUUUGGUCCUGCUGAGGGCCCCCCACUGCCUUUUUCCCCUCACUUGGGUCCCAGUAAGCUAAGAGACUCUGGCCUCCACUUUGUCCCUUUGGGUACCAGGAUGGAAUAGAAGCUGCUGUGGUCUUGGGGGUGGGAGAGAGAGACCUCCAUGGACAUUUCCACAGCCGCCUUAUACCCCCUUCCCUGGAUCAGUGCCCAAGAAAGUCUGCUCCCUGCUCCAGCUUAGCUGUACUGAUCAGAUGCCACCAGGGUUCUAACCUCCUUUCCACUAGCCCUGGACAAUGUCAGCAAUUGGCAAUAAAGUGGCACUACAAACA